UUUUCCAUAUUUGUAAUGGCAACAUGCUUUGUUUAUUAUUAUUGUAGGUGAACUUAUUUUGCCCUUAGAAAUAAGAACUGAAUUGUUAAAUGUUAUAAGUCCUUUUAUUUAACUAAAAGGCAUCAAGAUGAGAAAGGAAGCUUUUACAGUUGAGUUUUAUGAUUUUCAAAAAAGUCCAGAUGGACAUGAUUGUCUCGAAAAAACGUAUUAUUUUACUAAAUAUGCUGGGAUAUUCGGUGCUGUGUUUUCUUUCUAUGAAGCUGCCUUAUUUUCUAAGCCGACUACUGUGUAUGGGACCUUAGCAAGAUUUGGACGUUUCACAUUACCUUUUGCUGGUAUGGGAUUUGUAUUUGGUUCCUCAGUAUGCGUUCUUGCUCAUUUGAGGAAGAAAAAUGAUGUACCUAAUCAUGUAAUUGCUGGUGCAUUAGCUGGAUCUAUUUGGGGAUUUAAAUAUAAUAGUGUUAGGAUAGGCCACACUUGGGGUCUCUUCUUUGCAAUACUAGCUGGAUACAUCAAAUUCUUUGAGGUGAAUAAGAUCCCAAUGCUUAAUAGAGCUCCAGAAUGGAUAACUCAAAACCGACCCAAUUUGCACUGGGGUAUCAAAUUGUAUGAUGAUCCUGGCCGCCCAGACGAAGCUUAGAAUACAAAUCUUUUAUUACUGUGAAGUGUUAGUUAGUGUUGCAAUUAUUAAUACUAAUAAAUAUCUGUACAUAAACCCUA